UAACAGCCAUGAAGCGUGAGUUGAAGGUGAAGGAGCUCCAGCUGAUGGAUGCUGCCAGGAGACGCUUCCUGAAACAGCAGCAGGACCAGAGACUGACUGAACUACACAGACUGGACGAGCAGAUACAGAGCAAGAUGAACACCAGAGACCAGGAGACGGCAGCAGCAGUACAGGAUAUACAAGUCAGACAGAUGGAGCUGGAAGCACAGAGACGGCUGUUUGAACAGCGACUGGCCAAGGAGCAGGUGCGUGUGACUCAGGAGGUCAGAGCAGAGGUGGAUACCAGGAGACACAGGUCAGAGGUCGAGGAGACCACCUUCCAACACCUCCUUAACAACGACACUGACGUCAGCCUGGGAACCAAGAAGGUUCUAGAGGAGUGUUUAGCUGAAGCAGGCCAGCUGGGAGUGGACACCGAGUGGCAGGCUGAGGUGAUGAGGCGUCUAGACCAGGAGGAUGCAGCCCGGGACAGACACUACCACCAUCUGGCUGGACUACACAGAGAGACCCUCACCAAGGAGCAGCAGCUAGUUAAUAUCAUGGAGGACGUAGAGGGCCAGAGGUGGGAGGAGGUGGUGUCUCAGAAGGCCCAGCUAGAGGAGCAGAGGCAGGCUGCAGCCACAGCCGAGGCCAACAGGAGAGUCUUCCUCAGCCAGGAGGAAGAGGAGAACGAGCAGCACAGAGACAACCUCCGCAGGAGCCAGGACCACUCACUCACAGGUCAACAGUGGGAGAUGAGAGCCAGGUCUCCGUGCUCCACUAGUGGCCUGCUUCACAAUCCUGUUGCUUCUCCUGGUCCUCAUCAGUCUCAACAACAUCAGUCCCAACAACAUCUGUCUAAACAACCAGUCCACCUCAGACGACUCCACUUGCUUCUCUCUGGACCGGGGUCGAGGGGAGCUGGACUGCAGAGAGAGGGAGUUGAUGCAGAACAUCAGAGAGCUGCGGCAGAAACUGGCGGCCCGCGCCACAAACUCCACCACCUCCCAGUAACCACGACGACACAAACACACCAGCUGUGCCUUUUUGUUUUGCAUAUCUAGACCUGAAAAGGUUUGCGGUUUUCUGCUCGUUUGUCCGUUUGAAAGAAGAUGCUGAUAUUAUUUGACUUAACAAACAGCUGUCCUCUAACCACAACCCUGGCGUUGACUAGUUAAAGAGAGAUUAAAUGAAAGCAUUCCUUGGUCUUAAUGAGAUUUGUAGCACAACCCUCUCCUGUGUAUAUUUUGUUAUUUAAGUUGUUUUUAAGUAUUGUUGUAUCAACUUUGAGUCAUUUCAUCUCUGCCUUGUUGACUAGUUUCAGUGUUUGACAGACUCACCAGUCGUGCUUUGGUCUGAUGGUGACUUAUGACUUGCUAACCUCAGCAUAGGUAUCCAGGUAAUUCACCUUUUAAUAAAGCCUUAGCCAAUACAAUUGUUUUGUCAGAUUCUU